CUACACUGUAGAAAUGGUGAGGCUCUUCUGUUCCAUCGUUGGUGUGGCGGGAAGCGCAUUCUCCGUGGAAGUAAACGAAGGCAAAACCGUGGAUGACUUGAAGGAAGCGAUCAAGGCGAAGAAGGCCAACGACUUCAAAGAGGUUGAUGCAGACAAGCUGCAGCUCUUCCUGGCGAAGACGGCGGGCGGCGCGUGGCUGGAUGGGGCUGGAGCGGCAGGUGUGAUACUCGAUAAUGCUGGAGCACCCGUUUCACGUGACGAAAAUGGAGCCCCACAAGGCUUCAAGAAGAUGGAUCCGUUGCUGUGGAUAAACAAUGGCAAUCAUUUCGGAAAGAAUUUUCGACCGGCUGAGGGCAAUGUUCACGUGCUUGUCGUGGUUCCGGAUCAGCAGUUGGUUUCUGCUACUGCGGCCAUUUCGGUCAAGAAGAGAAAGCUAGCUGAAAUUAGCGACUUGAUCACUCCAUCUUCUUUCGCAAAAUGUAAGGGAAGUGGCAGUUGGGUGAAAUGGUUGAAGAAACUUAAUGGUCAGAUUGAGUGUCAUCGCGUUGAACGUUCUGACGACGAAACCCCGAUUCCGGUUGUGCUCUUGAACGAAACGUUUGCGAGAUUUGAGGAAAACUGCAAGGUGAUCAAGUUUAGUCAGAACGACUGUGAGUUUGUGAGCAAGUUGUGCCAUGGCUUGUCCACUCCUUACAACAGCGAAGCAACAUUUGCAGAGAAGGCGCGGCAAUUGCUAACAGCCUACCUGCUCGGUGACGAUCCAGUCUCGACGAUUACACCGGCAAUCGUUAAUGGCUCAGUUUCAGACGGUUCCUAUCGUUUUGGAGAGACGCUGCUACUCAAUUUGGAAUGUAAGCUCCAAAAAGGAGACGGUGGUGGAGAUCCGACAAUGCAGAACGUUGCAUACUACAUUAAGAACUUGCCAUUCGUGAUCGACCGUCAAUUUCCAUGUCUCUUGGUGGAUAUAUGCGGACCGUUCAUGAGUGUGUUUGGGAUUGUAAACACGAGCGACGAAGACGCGAUUUGCGAGCCUCUAGUCAUGAGCUUCCCGCUACUUUUUUUUGACAACGAGUGGUUGAUGGUAUCGUUGGCACGUAUGUGCGCUUCCUUGAAGGCUGCUGUCCAGGAGCUGACGAAUUCGUGCUACGAGCUCAGCGCUAGUCGUCACCACGAUGCGUUUGGUCUGCAUUUAACCACCCUCGAUCGACUAAGAUUCCCAUAUAAAGAUUCUGUCGAACGCAACGGCACGGACAUCUCAUUUCAGUAUUUGGAAGUGGUUCAGCGGUUUGUUUUCAGGGCCAAUCACGCUGGAGUUAACGUUAUCAUCAAGUUCGCCAAGCGGUACGGGGCGGAAGUCCAUGAUUAUUGUUGGGGCGCUGGUUUUGCUCCCAAACUGCUGUUCUGCGAACUUUUACCUAAUGGCUGGGUAUUCGUCGUUAUGGAGCAACUUCCAUUGUGUCCCCUUCGUCAGGCCAAUGGCAUGAUAGUUCGUGAUCAACUGCUGAAGAUCGAAAACGCUCUACAAGAUGGAUCUUUCGUCCAUGGUGAUCUUCGGGAGCAUAACGUGAUGUGGGAUACCAGUAAGAACCGAGUCGUGUUGAUCGAUUUCGAUUGGUCGGGAAGGGAUGGUGUCGAUACGUAUCCACCAUUUAUGAAUGCUGAAAUUGCAUGGCCACCCGGAGCAGUGUGUGGCGAGCCGCUUCAAGUUGCACAUGAUGCGUAUUGGAUUGCUUCAAUAGCUGCCCGAUUGAAGUAA